UUUAUUACCUUAGAGUUCUAGAGAAGACGUCUCAUGUCUUGUUGGACUAAACUCAGGCUAUCCUCAGGGCCGUGUGCCUUUCAGAAGCCCUGGAGAGAAUCUGUUUACUUCUAUUUUCCAGCGUCAAGAGGCCACCUACAUUCCUUCAUGUGUCCCCUUCAUUUAUUUUCAGAGCCAGCAAGGUUGCAUCUUUGUGACUAUUCCCCUGUAAGCCACACUUCUCCCUGACUUUCCUCUGCCGCUUCUUCCUUCCAUGUUGUGUGGGGUUUUUUUUUAGACAGGGAUUCCCUAUAUAGUCUAUGUUGAUAUGAAGACAAACUCAAGGUUUGUCUCAGUCUCCUGAGUUCUGGGGUUCCAGGCAUGAACCAACUUGCCUGGCUCCUUCCUUCCAUUUUCAGUGUCAUCUGUGACCACAUUUGUCUUACUUAGAUGAUCCAGGAUAUUCUCGCUACCUUGAGCUGAUGAGCAGCUUUAAUUCCAUCUGCAACCUUAAUUCCGCUCUGCCAGGAACCUCAACAUAUGCACAGGUUCCACGCAAUAGCCUGUGGACAUCUCAAGAGAGGGGCCUUAUUGAUUCAACAGGGAGUCAUUUAAUUAUUUAUUACUAAUUAGGUUUGUUAUUAAAGUAACUACUCAAUUUGGGAUCAUGGGUUUAGAGCUGUACUGUCCUCUCUGUACUGUAGUAACCAGCAAUGAGUGGCCAUUUAGGAUUAAGUCAAUGAGAAUGAAAAAUCAUUGUACAUUUCAGGUGCUUAGUGGGCCCUACUAUUGUACAGUGUGUGUAAAACACAUUUUCAUACUUGCAGAAAGUUCAUAUAGUAGAUAGCAAAGGCGUGUAUCACCACUGCCCAAGGCCCAGGGUGUGGGAAGCCUACAAGCAAUUGCUAAAUGAUUAUAGGCAUUCCCUUCCAGAGAUAGUGGAGUUCUUUUCUCCUAGGAUUUUCACUUCUUCCACUUCACCUGUCAAGUUUGCUUUCACAGAAUAAGUGGAGAGUUACAGCCCUUCCUGCUUCUUCAGCUCUUUACAAAAUCAAGGUUUUGGCAGCUCUAGACAAGGGCAGACUAUAUAUAAAGAAAGCUCUGUCUCAUUCGCCCAGCCAGGUGGUUUGUAACAAAACCCCUGUGCAUCUGUCUUUCAGUUCCCUUUUUGUCUGUCUUCACACUUUAGUUAAGCACUGUGCAUUUCUCUCAUUUGUGGGUUCCAUAAAGGGACACGUAUGGGGGGUGGCAUAUGGGUUAUUUUCCUUUUGCAUGUGUCUUCUGUCGCUGCUUCUGCUGCUGCUUAAUUGUCUGUGCCGAAGAAAGCCUUUCCCUUGAUUAACACUUACUGUGAGCUAGACACCAAGCUUUACAUGCAUCUGAUUGUAUAAUAAUCUUCCCAAGUACAAUAAAGUAGCCACACUGCUGUCUCUAUGUGCAAAAGGGGAAAUGGACGUGGGAGAUUAAGGACUGCUGGUGGUCACAUUACUAGAACCAUACAUUGAAGAGAAUGUCUGGAAGCUUCUACUUUGUAAUUGUUGGCCACCAUGAUAAUCCAGUUUUUGAAAUGGAAUUUUUGCCAGCUGGGAAAGCAGAAUCCAAGGACGAUCAUCGCCAUCUGAACCAGUUUAUAGCUCACGCUGCACUUGACCUUGUGGAUGAAAACAUGUGGCUUUCAAACAACAUGUAUUUGAAAACGGUGGACAAAUUCAAUGAGUGGUUUGUGUCAGCAUUUGUCACUGCAGGACAUAUGAGAUUUAUUAUGCUUCAUGACAUAAGACAAGAAGAUGGAAUAAAGAACUUCUUUACUGAUGUCUAUGAUUUAUACAUAAAGUUUGCUAUGAAUCCAUUUUAUGAGCCCAAUUCUCCUAUUCGGUCAAGUGCCUUUGACAGAAAAGUUCAAUUUCUUGGGAAGAAGCACCUCUUAAGCUGAGUGCAAAAAAAUCUGAUGUCAUCACAAUGGAGAAUGCUCAGGAAUGUGUGCAUUGUGAGUAAAUUUAUUAAACAACUUGGGAAACUC